AUGGCCCUCCGACCAGCUCUCACCAAACGCCUCCCCUCCCUCUCAACCUCCCUCUCCCUCCGCACGCACUCCACCUCCUCCGUCUCCGCAAAUGAAGUCACCCAUUUCUCCGCCCUCGCCAGCAGCUGGUGGGAUCCUAUGGGAUCCUCGCGCGUGCUGCACCUCAUGAACCCUCUCCGUCACGACUUCAUCGCAUCCUGUCUCGCCGAUGGCUUGCCCGCUCCUUCUUCAUCUCCCUCGUCUUCCUCGAACAACCUCCGCUAUCUGGACGUCGGCUGCGGAGGCGGCAUCUUCGCGGAAUCACUGGCACGAACCAUCCCCUCCUCCUCUCCCUCACAGACCCAAUCAACCUCCUCAGCAACACCAACCCGCGCCGCCAGCAUCACCGCCAUCGACCCAACGCCUCAACUCAUCCAGAUCGCGCGCGACCACGCCCGCAGAGACCCGAAAGUCGCCGCGCACCUAUCCUCCGGCAAAUUCCAAUACCGGAACUGUACCCUGGAGGAUCUUGUCCGCGCCCAGCAGGACCAAACCUCCUCCCCUCCAUCCACCGACCAAACAAUCGCCACCACCCCGCAACCGCAACCGCAGAACCAAUUCGACAUCGUCACCCUCUUCGAAGUCCUCGAACACAUCGACACGAACGCCACCUCCUCCCCGCUACGCUUCCUCACCGACUGUCUCCGUCUCCUGCGCCCAGGUGGCUGGCUCAUCGGCUCGACCAUCUCGCGCUCCCUGCCCGCCUUCUUCGUCAACCAGGUGAUUGCGGAAGCGCCGUGGCCGAUCGGCGUCGUGCCGCGCGGAACGCACGACUGGGCGAAGUUUGUGAAUCCGGAUGAGUUGAGGGGAUGGGCGAAGGAGGGGUUGGCCUCCUCUACUUCUACCUCUGGGUCUGGGUCUGCGAGCAUGCAGUGGAAAUGUUCCGGGGUGAUGUAUUUCCCCGGGAUCGGAUGGAAGUUUGUGUCUGGUUCUGAGAACUGGGGGAAUUAUUUCUGGGCUGUGAGGAAGGGGGUGUAG